GUAAUCCAUUUGCACAGUAUCUAAUGGUCCACCGGCAUGAUUAUAUGGUCAGUUUCAGUGUUUUAUUGCUCUCCAAUAGCAUACGGUAGGCAACAGGCAUGUCUGGCCCCUAUAAUUGUGUUCCUGGGCUAGAGGUCAGACACUUUUUAGGUAUUUCCUCCUUGCUUCCUUUGUUCUGCGGAGUGACUUCAUCUGAAGAUAAGUUACUCUAAAAUGGGUGAGGCUUGUAUAUGGCCAUAAAUGCAUAAGGUGUGUUUUUGUGUUUAAGCUUCACCGAUGGAGUAAGAAUAUAACAAUCUAGGGAAGUGUUAGAGCAGAAUAGAGAACGGACAGGAGAGCAGAGAGUAAAAAACACAUUAAUUCACCACAAAAGUCAUGUUGUACUGGACUGCACUGCCUGAUUGGAAAGUAUUGCUGUUGGUGACACUUCUAUGGGACUGCCUAUGUGCUGAGGAACUGAAACCCACGAGAUGGCCACUGUAUCCCCAAAAGCCUCUGGUCAUGGCCUGGAAUGCUCCGACGGAGGACUGCGGCCCGCGGCACGGUAUUCACUUUCAGCUGGAGCAGUUCCAGAUUGUGGCGUCGCCCAGCAAGGGCUUUGUCCGCCAAAACCUCACCAUCUUUUACAAGGACCGCUUGGGGUUGUACCCCUAUUAUAAGGAGCACGAUGGUGCUGUCAUGAACGGUGGGCUCCCGCAGGUUGCCAGUCUCACUCAGCACCUGGAGAAGAUGCCGGAGGGUAUUCAGUAUUACAUACGCGAAGCAGGGGCCAAGGGACUGGCAGUUAUUGACUGGGAGGAGUGGAGACCACUGUGGAUCCGCAACUGGGACGUCAAGAAUGUGUACCGCAACCAGUCAAGGCAGCUGGUGGCCCAGAAGAACCCAGCCUGGCCCGCAGAGCGUGUGGCUAAGGUGGCCCAGCAGGAGUUUGAGAUGUCAGCCCGGAAGUUCAUGCUGGAGACCCUGAGGCUGGCCAAGAGCCUGCGGCCCAACCAGCUGUGGGGGUUCUACUUGUUCCCAGACUGCUACAACCACGACUACAAGAACACUCUGGAGAACUACACGGGCCGCUGCCCUGACGUGGAGGUGGCCCGGAAUGAAAUGCUCAAAUGGCUGUGGAUGGAGAGCACAGCCCUCUUCCCCUCAGUCUACAUGGGCACGGUGCUGCGCUCUUCGCCCUCGGGGCGGCAGUUUGUCCGGAACCGGGUGAAGGAGGGGAUGCGUCUGGCGUCAGGGGGAGACGGGCUGGCACGCCCUGUCUUUGUGUACGCCCGGCCCACCUAUGCCAACAUACUGGAGCUGCUGACAGAGACGGACCUGGUCUCCACCAUCGGGGAGAGUGUGGCUCUUGGGGCCGCAGGCAUCAUCCUCUGGGGAGAUCACGCUUUUGCCAGCAGCAAGGCCAGUUGCUCUAGUCUGAAUGAAUACCUGCGGGGUCCGCUGGGCCGGUACCUGCUCAACGUUACCACGGCAGCAGAGCUGUGCAGCCAGACGCUGUGCGAUUCCCUUGGGCGCUGCUUGCGUAAACACCCUGACACUGAUGCCUACCUGCACCUCAGCACCCGCACCCACAGAAUAGAGCCCCUAGCAAAUGGAAAACUCAAGGUUCAAGGUCAGCUUGGGGAAGAUGACAUAUUGGGCUUUCAGAGGGAGUUUCAGUGCCAGUGCUAUAGUGGCUACCAGGGAGAGGGCUGUGGCCAGAGAGACCCCCAACAACAACGAGGCAUCGCAGCUCCAAUCAUGGCAUCAUGGGUGUACUGUUUGCUCCUGCUACUAAUCACACUCCUGCUCUGAGUGCAAACAGUACAUCCACAGGCAUACAGCUACAUUCAAAUAAUUGGGCGUGUACUGGUAUACACAUGACAUUAUCUACACACAUGCGCAAACAUUAUAUAAAUACACUUUGGGGUAAAUGUAUUCACUGUAGUCCAGAUUGCUGUAAGGUUGGUGGAUCUAUGUGGAACACUGAGUUAUGUGGUUGUUUGUGUGUUGAUUUGUUUCCCAUACAUUGGAGGGCUCGCUGGAAAUAACUUUGUUUACAUUGAUCUCUUUCUCAGUCUCCUUCCCACGAUAUAUCUCUCUCAACCCCUCUCCCCUCUUUCAAGGUGUCAUUUUCUCAUGAUCCCAAAAUUGAUGUUUUUUUGUGUGGAAAUGUGUGUUGUUUUCAGAUGUGCUUCUGAUGUAUGUACGGUUUUGUGUUAUGUGUGAGCCAAAAUGGGGCCGAUGCACUUGAUUCUUGGAAUAGCACAAAAUAGUUAUUAUCGCCUGACAUCUGACAUUUUUAUCUCUAGGUUUCAAUAUUUAUAUUAAUGUAUUUUCACGUUUGUUAAAAAGCUUUUAUUUUAUGGCAAAAACAAGACUACUAUUUUCGCUCUAAAAUUGUGCUUCUCUACUGUGUACAAAUUUUCAAUCACUCAAAAUAAAUCAAAGCUGUAAUUAAGUGAUACUGCCAGAGAAGCCUGUGUUUGGAGGAUAUAUUGGCACAGGUGUUGUUCCAUCAAGGGCCUGCAAACCGUGCCAAUAUAUCCUCCAAACACCAGCUUCGAGGGCAUUAUCACUUCUAUACAACGGGUUACCAACAUAUUCAAAUAAUGAGUGACAUAUUUUAAUUAAAAACGUAACUUUGAUUAAUUUAUUCAUACUAUUUCAUCCUUCCACAAGAUAUAGUCCCGACACAAAGCUAUGGUUGCUUCCCAAGCCGCCUGGUCGUUAGUUCUUUCUGGCAUCAUUCUUAUCCCUUGCUUGCCAGCUAGCCAACUUUGGCUAACACAGUCACGUCAAACAGUGUAGCCAGAAUAUCAGCAAAGUGGCUGCAUUUACGUUUGUUAAAGCUGUUUUCUAGUGAUUGUUGGGGGGAUACAUCCAUAGCAAUGAACUAAUUAUGUGCGAUUUCGCAUGGCAUUGAACAUUUUCUCUGCCGCCAGGCCACUGUUCAAAUGAGACAGCCAACUACACAGCUAACACAAUCACUUCAAACUGAAAAUGGAAUGACAGCAAACUAGCUGUAUUUCCUGUUUUUCUAUUGACAUUUCAGCCUGUCGGUCUCGUCCCGGCUAUCGACACGUUAAUUACCAUAGGACAGCUGGAGAUCGAAAUUCAAUAAUGUAGCAAAUGUCGGAGACCGACAGCAAGUUUACUACAAAUCUCUGUUGUUGAAAACCAAACGCUAGUGUGAAGGAAAUGGGAGAUAAUGUGUAGAUGUAGACCUAGUAUGUAAAUUGCCUGGCUGAGUUGAUGAGACAGUGGAUUGCGCAGUGAGAACAAAUAGCCAUUUCAUUUCAAUAGACAUUUCAACAUCAUAGAUUUAACCGGUGGUAACUUGUCGAAUUGACACCGGCUGGAAUGUGGUUUUAACCAAUCAGCAUCCAGGAUUAGACCCAUCGGUUGUAUAACAUCAUCCAAUACUAUCUUUCACAUUACAGUGUCCACAAAUGGAUUUGUCAGUGUGAUGAUCGCUUGUGUAUCAGUGUUUUAUCUUAGUUAUACAAUUAUCUGUCUCUCCUUGGUUCCUGAUGGAUUCAACAAUCAGAAUGCACACAUAGUGUCAGUGGGACGAGAGUUUUGAGAGUGGCUGCACAAAAUGUUUCUUAAAGGACUACCCCUUCCCCCUAUAAUUGUUGGGUGCUGCCAGCCAAAAGUUAUUUCAAGUUUUCAGCAAUACAAGUUUCCAGGAAGCAGUCACAUUACCUAACAUUGUAGAAAGAGUGCAUCCUCAUAGAACUCUCUCAGGGCAAAUCUCCACAGAUGUACAGUGCAUUCGGGAACGUAUUCAGACCCCUUGACUUUUUCCACAUUUUGUUAUGUUACAGCCAUAUUCUAAAAUGUAUUAAAUUGAUAAGGAAAAAAAACAAUCUACACACAAUACCCCAUAAUUGGCAGUGAUUCAUGCCUUCUUGGGUAUUUUUACUUUAUUUUUACCAGGCAAGUCAGUUAAGAACAAAUUCUUACUUUCAAUGACAGUCUAGGAACAGUGGGUUAACUGCCUGUUCAUGGGCAGAACGACAGAUUUGUACCUUGUCAGCUCUAGGAUUUUAACUUGCAACUUUCCGGUUCCUAGUCCAAUCUUCUAACCACUAGGCUACCCUGCCGCCCCAUUUUGCUAAGCUUGGCACACGUGUAUUUGUGGAGU